UGAUCUUGAUCUCGAUCUCGAUCUCCACGCGGACAAUCCUGGACCUAGACCAUCGCCCGUUGCUCCUGCGCUCUCCACCAUGGGUGCUUUGGAUCUGAUCAAAGGUCGUCAUGACCACCACCUCGCCGCUGCCGUCUCCGAGUCCGAGGCCUACCCGCCCUCCAAGGCCGAGGCUCACGUGCCAGACCAGUCCGGAAGCGAUACCGAAACGCUGAGUCUCGAGGAGCGCGAAGCCCGCGAGAUCGAGAAGCACCCGGAUCAGAUCACCCAGGAUGCCCAGCUGGGUGUGCAAAAGGCUGAGGCUGCUGCCCUCGUCUGGCCCAAGAAGGCCGUCUAUGGAACAUAUGCAUGGAUCUGGGUCUGCUACUUCAUGCUCGCUCUCCAACAGUCAAUCUUUAGCAACGUCUACAACAACGCCUACGCCAACUUCCAGUCUGCCCCCCAGAUCAGCACGGCCAACAUUCUGGGCACCAUCAUCGGUGGAGUCCUGAAAUUGCCCAUCGCAAAGUCCCUGAAUAUCUGGGGCCGUACCGAGAGCUUCCUCUUCUUUGUCGGCGUCUACGUGCUGGGAAUGAUCAUCGUGGCCGCGAGUAAUGGUCCCAAUGCCUAUGCCGCAGGCUAUGUCUUCUACUGGAUCGGCUACGAUGCCAUCUAUCUGAUCCUGGACAUCUUCAUCGCCGAUACGUCCGGUCUACGGAACCGAGCGUUCGCCUUCGCUUUCUCCAGCACUCCGUUCAUCUGUACUGCGUUUACUGGACCGCUGGCGGCGCAGUCAUUCCUCAAAAUGACCACUUGGCGGUGGGCCAUUGGCGCCUUCUGCCUGAUCAUGCCCGUGGUCUUCGGUCCGUUGGCGAUCGUCUUCAAGUUCUAUCAGAUCAAGGCGGAGAAGAUGGGCCUGUUCAAGAGGGUGGACAGUGGCCGGACCCCACUGCAGUCGCUGAUUCAUUACAUUCAUGAGUUUGAUAUCGUCGGUGCGUUCUUGCUGAUGGCCGCCUUCGUACUCUUCCUGUUGCCCUUCAGUCUGCAGACCUACGGAAAGGCCAACUACGAUAGCGCCACCUUCAUUGCCAUGGUCGUCGUCGGAGUCUGUCUGUUCCCGGUCUUCGCGAUCUGGGAGAAAUUCUUCGCUCGCACCCACUUCGUCCGGUGGGAGCUCUUCAAGAAGCGUACGGUCCUCGGUGCCAGCUGUCUGGCCGCGAUUCUGUACUUCAGCUUCUACUCCUGGGAUCAGUACUUCUACAACUUCGUUAUCGUGGUCUACAACCUGGACAUCUCCGACACGGGAUACAUGACCUCGAUCUACAACGUCGGAUCUUGCUUCUUCUCGCCACUAUUCGGUCUGUAUAUCCGCUGGACUAGGCAUUUCAAGUACGCCGCACUCUGCUUUGCCCUUCCGCUGAUGAUCCUGGGUGCUGGUCUUAUGAUCCACUUCCGUGGACAGGACGGAGAUAUCGGUUAUGUCAUCAUGUGCCAGAUCUUUAUUGCCUUUUCUGGUGGUAUGCUCGUCAUCAGUCAACAGAUGGCGGUCAUGGCGGCUGCGGACCGUGAUGGUGUGCCGAUGAUGCUUUCCAUCCUCGGCCUGUUCAACAGUGUCGGCGGUGCCAUCGGCUAUGCCGUCUCCGCAUCCAUCUACAGUGGAACCUUCCCCAAGGCACUAUAUGAAAAAUUACCCGCAGGAGACAAAGACCUGGUGGAGAAGAUCUAUGUGGGCGGUUACCUGGUCGCCUUCGAAUACCCGCCAGGCACGCCGAUCCGAGAAGCCAUCAACUACGCCUGGGGAUACAGUCAGAAAUACGGAUGCAUCUCCGCCACCGCCAUCCUCGCUCUGGCGAUUCCUGCCAUCGGCAUGUGGAAGAACUACAACGUCGACCGGAAGCAGAACAAGGGACAGGUCCUCUAAAAAACCAAAAUAUAACAGGGGGCAGUACUUUUUUUUUUCGCGCUACUGGCAGAUUAUUCCCUCCCCUCGAUGUAUCAAAGGAUGAAAGUGUAAUGGUUGAUGGCUUGGAUGGCAUUGGAAAAAGUUCUUGUUUAGCGUAUUCUAAUGGUU